AAACCAGCGCCCUAUAAGGACAAGUGGGAAUAGAUGAUGGAUGGUGUGAUCAUUUUUUCCACCAAUGAGAUGUCCCCUGGUGAAAUGAAUCUAUGGAGAAUUAUCACUUAAAGGUGUGUCUGAGCCUCGCUUGCAUCACUUUUAUAAUUGCACUUGGCUGCAGCAGAAAUCUCCAUUACCAAAAAGAAGAUGAAAAGCUUUUUAACCAGAAGCUGCCUUCCUCAGUGACCACAGAGUGGAGCAAACAUCCUACGCAGGGAUUUCUCUAUUAAAAGACUCAAUAGAGGAAAAACAACAAAAGACCUAUGCUUUUCCUCUGUAAAAGCAGGAAUGCAAAUUAAGCUGUUUUAUUAAGAGAUUGGUUUUUAUAGCUCUGUACUACAAAGUGCAGUAUUUUGCUUUCUUUGGGGCUGCACGGUGGACCAGAGCAUGGGUUUCUAUCCCAGCUGAAGCCGUUCUGGAUGCAGUUUGGAGGUUCUCCCCAUAUGUUAUGGGUACACCUGCUUUCUACCACAGUCCAAAAACAAGCACAUUAGGUUGGUUGGCCAUGCUACACUGCCCCUCGGUGUACCUGUGUGUGUGUGUGUGUGUGUGUGUGAGAGCCUGCAUGCAUGGUUGGUUGUCCCUGUGUUGCCUAGGGAUGGACAGGCAGCCUGUCCAGGGUGUAUCCCACAUCUCACCUAUUGGAUGUUGGAGAUGGGGCCCCUCAUGACCUUGCAAAUAUUUAGCAGAUGUAGGAAAUAGAUGAGGGUGGCAAAUGCCACUCCAAUUAAUAUCCAUCCAACUAUGUAGAAUUCAGUUUAUUACAAUCUUAUAUGUUCAGCUUUAAUUACAUAGUCUAAUUGAAUGCUAAUUAUGUUAUCUAGUUAAAUUCAGUUGAUCAUUGAAUGCCAAUUAAAAUGUUACCUGUCUUAGGAAGCCCAGAAGAUUGCAUUGAGUCAUUGACUUUGCUGACUUUAUGAUUCCUAUAUCACUUGAUGGCUGUGGAGAAAACUUUCAAUCGCACAACCAGUUUGAAUAAUUUCUGUGAUUAUUGUUAAAUUUCAAGCAUAAAAGCUAUGAAUUUUGCUGUUUGUAGUACCUCUCGUUGAUUCAAAUGAUGCAAAUGGGCUUAGCACAAAACAGUGUGAUUAAAUGUUAAAAUUCUAAUAGGUUUAGUUUGAUUGAUUUAUAUGAUGCUUUAUCCCAGCUAAUGUAUUCUCAUGUCAUCGCUCCUGACAUGACCAGAACAAUCUAAUUUAAACCCAGUUUAAUUUCAGUCGAAGCAAUCAUUUUUGUAUCCUGUUCAAUUAAAACUGAUGGAACAUUUUUCACCUUGCUUCAAAAUAUAGUUGAAAAACUGUUUACCUGAGGAGAGUUUAAUAAGUGAGAUAAUCAUCAACAUUUUGUGUUUCAUGAUUCUGAGACUAGCUUUGUACUGUAGGUUCUAAAGUGAAGAAGAAAAUGAGUUCAAAUAAAUGUCUGCAUUUGGGUUUUUGUUUUUGCAGAUGCUUUUUCUGCUGUUUGAAUAAUUUACAAAUGCUUUGCAUGCAGCUUUAUGACUAAAAACUACAACAUUUAAAUGCAUUUAAAUAAGUAAUAUCAGUAUUUAGAUACCAAGUUUUGCCUUUUCAGUCACAGAGCAGUUAAAACAUACAGAUAAUCUCAACUGAUCACCAAAUCCUUUUUUUUUUUUUUUUAUUCGUCUUUACAUUUUCUUGGUUCUAAUCUUAUUUGUCUCAAACUUGAUUUUCAUGGAUCCUUGAUUCCCACCAGAUUAAGUUUGUCAGGUGGAAAAUCUGCAUGUCAUGCUAGCAGUAGAGUGAAUAUAAAAGGACUCUUUAGUGAAGCAUUAAUUCUUUCAUCCUCCUGCUCUCUGCAGGCUCUCUGCAGGCAAUGCUACAGGAAGUUGGAGCCCAUGGGGUGAGGGGGAUGUGGGUGGGGGAUGGGUUUUUAGGAUUUAGUGCUGUGAUAGUUAUCCUAUAGUGACCACUCACUGGCAUCUGGGACAGCGCAGAAUAGAGAUGUUACAGAGGUAUUAUGAGCUGGAAAAUCCCCACCCACCAGGGAGGAGAAAUGUUCAUCUAGUCACUCAACAAAUGAGAACCGCUGUCCUGUGAUGGAGACUGGGAAUAUGUGGAGGGGUUUAAUCGAAGCAUUUCUAGUUGGAAACAGAAAAAUGAUUUUAGGGAUAAAGGUCAAGAAUGAUUUUAAAAACGUAAGUAAUGAUGCCUUUUCACAUGAUCUUCAGACUGUUACCUUUGGAUAUUUUUAAAAAGGCUCUGACCCAUCUGUUGCAUACUUUUGGUACCAUGCCUUACCAUGAUGAGGAGUACCCAGGCCAGCCUCUGUGGCAGUCUGUGUUGCUCUUCUGCUGCAAGGGUGUGAUCGAAGGGAUCAUGGUCGUUCUUUUCUUCUGGCUCCUGGUGCAGGUCCUCUUCACCAAACAAUUAGAAGUUCAUCUUCAGGUUCUUCUUCUGGUUGGACUGAUCAUGUUUUGUCUGUCUCUGAUCCUGGGAUGUGUUCUGUGCUGGAAGAAAAGUGACAUUUGUACAGCAAUCACUAAUUCAUUCACACCAUCGCAGGCUUCUGUUGAAACUGUAACUCCUGUUCAGGAUCCAAGAUCCUCAGACGAAACCACUGGAUCCAGGCAGCUGUGCGAGGAGCUGUAUGGAGAAGUGCUGGAAUAUCCUUCCACAUUCACCAGUCCUACUCCCUCUGAGAGUGGACAUUUCUCUCAGGCAUUUUCUAAUCAAACUCAACCUGCCAGUGAUGAAAAUGAGCAGGGAACAUCUCAUUUUUCCCUGCGUCGCUUCAGCUCCCCACUGCAAACAGCACCACUUUAUAAACCCAUUCACCCAAGCCGUGCAUCCCUGCCUUUGUUGCCCAAACUGGGAAUGCUGACCAGAACAUGUAAGGCCAUGCAGAGGCGCUGCACGGUGGCCGGAGAUUAUAGAUCUUCCGACGAACGCAGCAGACUCACUUGGUCCAGUAUGAACUCAAAAUUAAUUCCUGAAAAGCCAAUUCCCCUGGUUCCACUGAGCUAUGGCUCCAGUGCAUCCUGUAAACCACCAUUAUCCAAACUUUGCCUCCAUUUCACUGUGGCCUUCUCUCUGGAGCAACAAACAUUAACAGUCACUGUCUUAAACCUCACUGGGAGACCUCAGAGACUGGAGGACGUGACCGUCCUGGGCUGUCUACCACCCUUGUACACCUGUCCGUCUCCAGCCGCAACUCAGAGCAGCUGCAACCCUGAAUCCAACAGCCUGGUGCUGAUUCUGAAGGUGAGCUCUGUGAACGAGCUCAAAAACUGUGAACUCCAACUAGCUCUGUAUGUGCCGAAGGAACAGAGCCAAAGAGCCACUGCUUUAGGUGAAGUGGUGGUGAAAUGUGGAGAAAGAGACUGGAGAUCAGAGCAUUCAUUUCACUUCAUUAAAGAACUUGACCAAAACAACGUACAUAUUGAAAAGGAUGCACUGAUAUGUAAAGAGCGGAGCUGUCCACCCCAGAUCCUCAUUGCACUUGAAUAUCAAGUUCGGACCCACUCUAUUAGAACCACGGUCCUCAGUGUUGACAACCUGGACAGCCUUGCUCAGACAUCUGCAGCAGCAGACUACCAGGUGCAGAUCAAUCUGCACCAUGAUGGAGUUUUGAUCAGCAGCAGAGAAACUCAUCGACAUUCCUGCCCCACAUGGAGCUCUUCCUUCGUGUUUGAGCUGCCUCCAGGAGACAUUAAUCAGCUCCCCAUCUCGCUUCAGUUUAUAAUUAUGCAGAAUCAAACGCUUUCAGAGGCUAAAGUUGUUGGUCGAGUCCUCAUCGGUGCAGGUGCUGCAGAAGCGGGACGUGCUCACUGGAGGGACGUGUGCAGCCUGCAUGUGGAGCUGGUACGCCUGCACAUUGUUCACGCAGAGCCACCGAAGGCCACAGCUCUUUGCUAAGUGUUUUGUCACCUUUUAAAGAAGGUCUGUUGUUGCUCUUCUUCGGGCAUCAAAAAUACAUUCAUGGUUCAAAAAUAAGUAUGCCCUAAACUCUAAGAUGUCAGGAUAUAAUAAAGCUCACACGGUUGCCACAUUGUUUGCAUUGCUCUGAUGUAUUAAAUUCUACAUGUGAAACAGCGUUUCAUGUUUUUUGUGAAAGUAAUAUGUCUCAAUGAGUACAUAGGACAUUUAAAACUUAAAAUAUAGCCUCAUUAAUUAUAUAUAUAUAUUCUAGGCAAAGUUUAAAAGAUGAGUUUUAGAACACUGCAAUACACACACUAUUUACAAGUCUUAGAAAAGUCCUGGAAAAAAGAGAAAAAGUCACAAAAUAUUGAUCUCAGCACUCAGUGUUUAUCAAUAAAUGCUAAUUCAAAGUUACUCAGGGUUUUAGUCAGAUAUUCGCUUGCCCUUCCUUCUGAAUAUCUGUAAUUUACCAGUUCUGCAAAGGAAAACUGAAUCAAUAUCUUUGUAGGCUUGGGAAUUUCUGUGAAAUCAGAAAAAACAUUUAUUGAUUAAAUGGUAAUUACAGGUUAUUUUAUCCAUGAAUUGAGUUACUAAGGUGCCCAGUGAAAGACUUCAAACCAUCUGAACUUGUAAUUUUGUAACUUUACAGCCACAAACUGUAACCUAUUUUGUUAGGAUUGUAUACGAUAGAAAAUACCACACCACAGUGAAGUAAAAAAAAAAACUGCAUGGUUUUCCUUUUUAUAUUUUUAUUUGUAAAACAAAGUGUGGUGGGCAUUUGUGUUUAGCCCCUUUAAUCUGAUUCCCCUAAAUGAAAUCCAAUGUAACCAACUACCUUCGCAAGUUGCCAAAUUAGUAAAUAAAGCCUACCUUUGCGCAAUUUCAUCUCAGCUGUUUUGUGAGAAAGCUCAGAGGCUUCAUCUCACAGAGAACUGUUCAUUACCUCAUCUGAUAAUGGAACGAGGAUGGCACAACUGAACCCUACUGAGACAUGGCCACGCACCUGAACUGACAGGACACGCAAAGCAUUAAUCAUAGAAGCAGCCUAGAGACUUAUUCUGGAGAAGCUGCACAGAUUCACAGCUCAGCUUGGAGAAUUUCUCAACAAAACUGUUGUGCACUGUAGAAAUUUGAGUUUUAUGGAAGAGUGGCAAUAAGGAAAUCUAUUGUUAAAAGAAAAACAAGUGGUCCUGUUUGCAGCCACAAAGUCAUGUAGGGAACCCAGCAAACAUGUGGAACAACGUACCCUGAUUAGAUGAGACUUAUACUGAACUCUUAUACUGCCACCACCACGUUUUACUGUGGGAAUGCUUUCCUUAGCAGGAAUAGGGAAGCUGAUCAGAGCAGGUAAGAAGACAGCUAAAAUAAUUAGAGGCCAUUUCUGGAACAAAACCUGCUAGGGGCUGGAGAAAACUUGAGAUUGAGGUGGAGGUUCAUCUUCCAGCAGGACAACAAACCUAAACACAUAGAGAGAGCUACAAGAAAAUGGUUUAGAUCAAAGCAUAUUCUUGUGUUAGAAUGACCCAGUCAAAGUUCAGACCUAAAUCAAAUUGAGAAUAUGUGGCAAAACUUGAAAAUUUUUAUAGACAGUGGUCCAGUUUGAGAUGUUUUGCAAAGACGACUUGCAGCUGUAAUUGCAUCUAAAGGUGGUUCCACAUGGGAUUGAUUCAGGGGGAUUGAAUACAAAUGCACACCAGACAUUUUUAGAUUUAGUAAAGCAAUUUUGAAAAACAUGUAAUGUUUUCCUUUCACUUUUAAAUUAUUUAUUACUUUUUGUUGGUCUAUCACAUAAAACUUCAAUAAAAUAAAUUGAAGUUUGGAGUUGCAACGUCAGGGAGAUGAAUAUUUUUGCAAGGCAGUGUGAAGAUAAAAUGUGGGCGACUGUAAAAUUACAUUGACAAAAUACACAUAGUAUACAUAAAAGUCCUUACAUAAAUGAUAGUGUUACUGAUGUAACAAGCACAAAGCCAGCUGGAGCUUGAAAAAAUGAAGGCUUACUCAGUGUGAUUGUAAAGUUGAAUACUGCUAGUUUUUCCAGAUUGUGAAGACCUCCCAGACACCUAACAAAAGCCUUUGCUCCUCUUCAUUUUAGCCUUAACCACAGCCUUCACCUUAACCAUGUUUCUAGGGGCUGCAUAAGCAUUCGAUUGAAAUGAAAGCAAAAAAAAAUAAAACCGUUCCCAUAGCUGCGCCCUAAUUGGUUUUCUGCUGCCUAUUUUUAUGUCCAGUCAAUGGGGAUUGGAUGCCCCUGUGAGAGUCCAAUGGAGGCAUUAAGGCUGGGUGAUGAUGCUGAAGUUCGGUGCUAAACUAAAGGGCUAUAUAAUAGUUUAUGAAAGAAGUCUGUAAUAUUUAAAUAUUUGAUACUUAGAUUGGUCAAACCUGAACUGGAUAAUUCUACACCUAACAGAAGCUCCUCAAAGUGCAGUGUGAGAUUUAUGAAACCGUUAUUUUGUUUGUGACAACACAAAAAGGCCACUUUAAUGCUGUUUUGGUUCCAGAUCUAACAUGAAUUGGUACAGAAGAAAAAUUUUUAAUAUAUAGACAGACCUGAACAGAAAUAUUCUAAAUUGAUUAUACAUUUGUGUGAUUUUCUGAGACCUUUUUGUAAAAACACAAUAAAAAUAAAUGUGGACUCUUCUUCAAAAUCCUUUCUCAUCUCUUCAUCAUUCUGUGCUCUUCUCAUGGAAUCUAAUAAGCAGGCAACAUUGAUGCAGAGGCUGCCACUGCGUUUAGUACAGAGGUUCAUUUUAUGAUGGUGACGCAUUGUAACUCAGUCCCAUCCUCUUACAUUUUGAGUCAGAUGUGCUCUGGCUGAGCAGUUCACUCCUCAGCUUCAUAUCCGAUUAUUUACCAUGAGGGGGAGAGAGAGUUGUUUCUGAGAUUAUUGCUGAAACAUGUUUCACGUGGAGUUUUAGGGGUUAUGCACGCGGACCUUAACCCCUCCCCUCGUACUGAAUGCAGUUUGAUUAAAGUAGAAGGGAUUUGCACUGUCUGCACAUAUGCGGACAUAUAGGUAACGGAAUGGGACGCUCUCUUGAUUGGAUGAGAUUAUGUGUGAACCAUGACAUUAAAUCUUACCAGUUGCAGAUAUUUCUACUUAAUUACUGACACAUUUCAAUAUGCAGACACAAAACCAUUGCAUAUUUUUCUGUUUGAUUGGAAGCUGGACAUAAAAAGAUGUUUGAAAUACAUUUUAGAGUUUAUAAAACCUGCAGUUUCA